CAGCUGUGCCGUUUUAUGUCCGUCGCUUUAGCCAGCCGACAGAAAAAUAAAACAAAAAAAGCUAUUGUUGGGUUUACAUUAUGGAUAAAAAUGCCACGCGAUACAAUGUACAGCUAUAUAUUUACGAUUUAUCGAGAGGAAUGGCUCGCAGCCUCAGUCCCAUCAUGUUAGGAAAGCAGCUGGAUGGUAUAUGGCACACAGCUAUUGUGGCAUACGGGGAUGAGUUCUUCUUCGGGGGGGAGGGGAUCUCCAGCUGUUCGCCAGGUGGGACGAUGCUGGGUCCUCCAGACACAGUAGUAGAGCUGGGAGAGACUGAAGUGUCUGACGAGAUCUUCAUGGAAUACCUCUCUUCUCUGGGAGAAAGCACAUACAGAGGUGACAGGUACCGUCUGUUUGAGCACAACUGCAACACCUUCACCAACGAGGUAGCUCAGUUCCUGACGGGCAGGUCCAUCCCGUCCUACAUCACUGACCUUCCAUCGGAAGUCCUCUCCACACCGUUCGGCCAGAUUCUGCGGCCCAUCCUGGACUCUAUCCACAUCGCCCCUCCAGGAGGUAACGUCAUCAACGGGGGGAGGAACGUGUAACCUGAGAGAGCAGCAGAGUCAACGAGUGUUCACAAGGUCACUUUUAUUGUAGUCAGUCAGUCAAACUAACUGUCUUUCUUUCCUCUUUCUUUCUGUCUGUAAAUAAGUUACACACUAGCAUUAAAGCUAAAGGCCAUUUUGGAAGCUAGAAACAAAACUGACCAGUGAAUUCUUAAAAUUCAUAACAUAUAAAUAUAUGCCAACUUGAAACAAGUGGGUGAUGAUGUUUGAGGGUGCAUCUGGCAGCAAAUUCAAAGUACAAAACAGUUGGGAUUUUGGGUUUACCAGCAGAGAAAAACAGUUAUUCUCCAACAAUAAAAGCUGACUUUGAUGAAUGUUGCCUUCUUAUAAAUAAAUCAAGGCAAAGUCAGAUUGCCAAUUAAACUUUAUUUAGAACUGAAAUCUGACAAAGUAUUUUAUUUGGACACUGCAACCUGAUUUGGCAUUUCCAUUUUGCAAAAGUUUAUACUUUUACUCCACAACAUAGAAAAUUGCACUUUUUACUCCACAUUUAUCUGAUGACUGUAAUUUAACCACCUACAACAUUAAAAUACCUCUUGCACAUUAGUGCAUCCAGCUUAUUUAGUAUUUUAACAUUUGUCAUAAGGUGCACAAUGGUCUUUUAUUUUUUUUUUAAGUUGGGAUUUGUAGCUUGCAAUGCUCAUUACCUCCGCUAAGGAUGUUAUGUUUUCAGUUUGAUUUGUUUGUCAGCAGGAUGGAAAAUCUAAAAGCCCAAUUUUCAUGAAACUUGGUGGAAAGGUGUAGCAUAGGUCGAGGAAGACCCCAUUAAAUUUUGGAAUCAUGGGGUGGAUAUACUAAUUAUUUUUCACUUUCUUUAACAUUGCAAGAUAGUGCAUUUGGCCAUUCGGUCUGCACUCUAAGAGUGCACUUGUGGUUUAAUUAGAUUCUAUUUAUUCCCUUUAGUUAUUAAAUAUUUUUUUCCACCAAUUAUUUUGUAACAUAACUGACAUAUCAGGUUCCCCACAUGGUUUCUGCUGUGAGAAUAUUCCACUGUUGACUACAAUGGAACUAAUCUAAGUGUACACUUUUUCAUAGAUAUGUUUAAUAUAUUCAAUCAAUGGAUGCAGGUUGAUGGAAAAUAAGAGCAAGAUGUUUGGAGAGGCUUUUAAUGUCAAUCAUAGUUUAAUGUUGCACUUUUAUGAUUUGUUAUAUGUAUUUUGUUAUUUGUUACCUUGCAGUUAAAUUCCCAUCUGUGACCUUUUAUACCUGUUUUAUUUGUCUUUAAUGUUUCUGUACCUGACAUCAUCAUUCCAUCUGUCACAUUAUGUGUAAUAUGACAGACAGCAGGUGAUGGACACCUAGCUCACACUGAGGUAAUAAGGAUAGAGGUGAUAUAAAAACAUUUUGAGUGUAUGUUUCUGUAGCAGGACUGGGAUCAGUUCAUUGUAAAAUCAGUUAUACCCAUUUAUAUGAAAGUAAACCCCAACUGACAUUUUUUAAAGGUCUGGUAUGCAGGAUUCAGGGGGAUAUAUUGGCAGAAAUGGAAUAUACCAUAAU